AUGGCUACUUCCUACUUAGGAACAGCCAGCGUGAAGCUAGCAAGAAUUGUAGAGUCACCAAAUCUCAUUUCUUUGCUUGAUUGUGCUACACAGAUGUGUUUUGUUUAUAUACUCGGAGGCUCAGAGUGUCUCCUCCUGACCGUGAUGGCCUAUGACCGCUAUGUGGCCAUUUGUAACCCUCUGCACUACCCUCUAGUCAUGAACCACAAGGUCUGUGUCCAGCUGGUGACUGCCUCCUGGGUCAGUGGAGUGCCAGUCAUGGUGGGCCAAACAUGCCAGGUUUUAUCUCUGCCCUUUUGUGGGUCUAACACAAUUAACCAUUUCUUCUGUGACAUCCCGCCACUACUCAGGAUAGCUUGUAAGGACACAUUUGUGAACGAGAUAGCGGUCUAUGUAGUUGCAGUGGUAUUUAUCAUGGUUCCAUUUCUGUUGAUUGUUGUCUCCUAUGCCAAAAUUAUUUCCAGCAUUCUGAAAUUGACUUCAGCCAGAGGGAGAGCGAAAGCCUUCUCCACCUGUUCAUCUCACCUGAUUGUUGUAGUCUUAUUCUAUGGAACGGGUACUAUCGCUUACUUACAGCCCAAAUCAAAUCAAUCUGAAGGAACUUCGAAACUGAUCUCCCUUUUUUACACCAUUUUGAUCCCAACAUUGAACCCCAUUAUAUAUACUCUGAGGAACAAAGACAUCGCGAUGGCACUGAAAAAUCUAGCAACUAAGUUCUUACGAUGA